GAUCACAAUUUCUCAGAGAAGAUUCUUCCUUGUUUGAGCCUUAACUCUGCCACUUUGAGAAUCAUUAGCCGUUAUGAGUCUCUUCAACUACCACCGUCUUGAUCAACAACUCCUUCACACCAUCGCUUAUGACGCUCUCGUUUGGAGCUCUCUUCAUGGCCUCGUCGUCGGUGAUAACUCCGUUCAGAGAUCAGGGAGCGUUCCCGGCGUAGGAUUGGUGCAUGCUCCGAUUGCAUUGUUACCGACGCCGUUUCCCCAAAACCAGUGGAGACAAGCCUCCGAAUUAGCUCCGAUAUUCAAUGAACUUGUUGAUCGUGUUAGCUUGGAUGCAUCCUUUCUCCAACACUCUCUCUCCAGAACUAAGGAAGCCGAUGAAUUCACCUCUGGACUUUUGGACAUUCAUUCCAACAUGCUACGCAUUAACAAAAAAGAGGAAAUAAGAUUGGGGUUACAUCGAUCAGAUUAUAUGCUUGAUGAAAAGAGUAAUUCACUUCUGCAAAUAGAACUUAACACUAUUGCCUCUUCGUUUGCCGGUCUUAGUAACCUUGUGACAGAACUUCAUAGAUACAUAGUUUGGCGCCAUGGAAAAUUGUUUGGACUUGAUUCCAAAAGUAUUGCUGCAAAUGAUGCUGUUAAUCAAAAUGCAGAGGCUUUAGCUAAAGCUUGGAGUGAAUACAAUAAUCCCAGAGCUGUGAUUAUGAUUAUUGUUCAAGCUGAAGAACGAAACAUGUACGAUCAGCAUUUUGUUUCUGCACUUCUCAGAGAAAAACACAAUAUUACAAGUAUACGGAAAACAUUGGGAGAAGUUGACGAAGAAGGGGAAAUUUUACCAGAUGGAACGCUUUGUUUGAAUGGACAGCAAAUUUCAGUAAUUUAUUUUCGGGCUGGCUAUACACCAGCUGACUAUCCUUCAGAAUCUGAAUGGAAAGCUAGGCUACUCAUGGAAAAAUCUUCUGCUAUCAAAUGUCCUUCUAUAUCCUAUCAUCUGGUUGGCACCAAAAAUAUUCAACAGGAACUUGCAAAGCCUGGUGUUCUUGAGAGGUUCCUUGAUAACAAAGAAGACAUUGCUAAGCUGCGUAAAUGCUUUGCUGGAUUAUGGAGUUUGGAUGAGUCAAGCAUUGUUGAAAAAGCAAUUGAAAAUCCGGAGUUGUUUGUGAUGAAGCCCCAAAGAGAAGGAGGAGGAAACAAUAUUUAUGGUGAUGAUGUGAGGGAGACCCUCCAAAAGUUGCAAAAAUCAGGUUCUCAAGAAGAUGCAGCUUAUAUCCUUAUGCAGAGGAUAUUUCCUGCUAUUUCUGCAACAGUUUUGAUGCGUAAUGGUUGUUGGAGUAAGCAUCACGCCAUUUCAGAACUAGGCAUAUUUGGUACUUAUUUAAGGAAUAAGGAUAAGGUUAUCAUUAAUAAAGAAAGUGGGUAUCUGAUGCGUACAAAAAUAUCAUCAUCUGAUGAAGGCGGUGUUGCAGCUGGCUUUGCAGUGCUAGAUAGUCUAUACUUGACUUGA